AUGUCUUGGCUGUUUAUUCUCGUUCCAUUCAUUUAUUUUACUUUGACUACUGAAGGAAAACCGACAUCCUUGUGUGCCAUUGAAGUAAUUGGCCCGAAAAUUUCCAAAUGUUUGUUUACUCUCCAAAACAUGACAGAAAUUGGGAACAACUACAAAAACAAAAGACUGGACGUUGAAAAACAAAAGGCAUAUUUGGAGGAUUGUGAAUUCUUCUCGACAUGUAGAUCUGAUUUUGAAUGUUUGAAAAGUUUCACAUCGGAAGUGGAAGUUGCAUUCAUUGCUGUUGAAGUUGAAUGCAAAAGUGCCAAGUUCAUAGUCAACGAUUUCUCUAGCUGUGGCAAGAAGCUGGAUGAUCGCAACUCCACGUGCUCACAAGACUACAAUCCAUUCCCAGGUAUCAAGCCAGAAGAUGUUCCAUCUAUCUUGGUGAAUGGCAGAAAGGAGAGUUGCGACGAUUUGUUUGGAGAUAAAGAUUGUAUGAAAACAGAAAUAAUUGAACUUUGUGGAGAAGAUGAAUACGAGAAAUUCAGACAGAUGCAAGUGGAGCUUGCAAAGUCGUUGAGAAUGUGUGAUGCUAAGGUGUAA